AUGACAAAACCAUCAGUUGAGCAAACCACCAUAUCUGGGCACCUACCUGUCAAACUUGAAGAUGAGAGCAGACCUGACUUCAACAAAGAAAAGUCUUGGACGUUUACGAAAACGGUCAACCCAAAAUGGAAACAAGGCUCAGGUGCCACACUGGAGGAGUGGUGCAAUUACAAGAAAAUCGAGAUUGAUCCACUGAGUUCUUCCCGCUCGCCUUCCGAUAACUACAAGUUGUUGAUCUCAGCCAUCGUGCCUCGGCCAAUUGCGUUUGUCUCGACUCAGGGCAAAAAUGGCAAAAGGAAUCUUGCACCCCUUUCUUACUUCAAUUUGAUGAACAGCGACCCACCAAUCUUCGCUUUGGGUAUCAGCGGCAGCAAGGCAAAUCCAAAGGAUACUCUCAAAAAUCUUAUAGAGACCGAGGAGCUUACUAUUAAUAUUAUCAAUGAGUGGUUCAUUGAGGCCGCCAACUUUUGCGCCGUGAACGCUCCGUAUGAGGUUGACGAGUGGCUCUUGAGUGGGUUGACCCCAUUGAAUUGCAGCAUUGUUAAACCACCUCAGGUUGCGGAGAGCGCUGUCAGUAUUGAGGCGAAGUUGGUUGCUACUCACGAAUGGGAACUGAGGAUCCAUCCUGGAAAGGCUACGGGAGUGAUGUGCAUAGUGGAGGGAGUAAAAAUCCAUGUUCGAGAAGAUUUGUUAAACGAGGAGCAGAAUAAGGUUGAUCUUGCUGGCUUGAGGCCUGUUACCAGGUUGGGAGGCAUCACAUACGCGAGAGUGAGCGAAGGUUUCGAGAUUCCGCGCCCUGACUACGCCAGCGACGUAACAAAAUAG